CGGCCUGGUGCGCGGCAGGGAUGGCGGGCGCCGCCGGCUUCGACUCGCUGGAGCGCUGCCUGCAGCGGCACAUGCCCGCUGCCGAGCUCGCCGAGGCCACGCGCAUCCUCUACGGGGAGGCCGCCAGGCCUUUAGAUCUACCCCCCGAUGCUGUUUCAGCUGCUGCUGACAGGACAUUUGAACUACAGGGCUAUAGAUUUGGAGCGGAACUGGAGCAGUUGAGGCAGCCCCACAUUGUCCGAGUGGGACUGAUCCAGAAUAGAGUUCCACUUCCCACAGAUGCACCGGUUGCUGAACAGACAGCUGCACUAUACAACCGCAUAGAAGAAAUUGUGGAGGUGGCAGCAAUCUGUGGGGUGAAUGUCGUCUGUUUCCAAGAGCUCUGGACAAUGCCUUUUGCUUUCUGCACGAGGGAGAGGCUGCCUUGGACUGAAUUUGCUGAAUCGUCAGAAGAUGGCCCCACAACAAGAUUUUGCCAGAAGCUGGCCAAGAAGCACAAUAUGGUUGUGGUGUCUCCAAUCCUAGAGCGAGACGCUGUACAUGGGGAAACCUUGUGGAACACAGCAGUGGUGAUUUCGAACUCUGGCACUGUGCUUGGGAAGAGCAGGAAGAAUCACAUUCCAAGGAUUGGAGACUUCAAUGAGUCAACAUACUAUAUGGAAGGGGACAGGGGACACCCGGUGUUUCAAACCCAGUUUGGGAAGAUUGCGGUGAACAUCUGCUUUGGGCGGCAUCACCCCCUCAACUGGCUCAUGUACAGUCUGAAUGGAGCAGAGAUCAUCUUCAACCCUUCUGCUACUGUUGGGAAACUCAGUGAAUCCAUGUGGCCCAUUGAGGCGAGAAAUGCUGCCAUCGCCAACCACUGCUUCACCUGUGCCAUCAACCGCGUGGGAACGGAAGUGUAUGCGCACCCCUUUACAUCAGGAGAUGGUGGCGAUGCCCAUCAUGACCUUGGUCAUUUUUAUGGCUCAAGUUACGUGGCAGCUCCAGAUGGGAGUCGAACCCCUGGACUCACCCGCACGCAAGAUGGACUGUUGGUGACUGAAAUGGAUCUCAAUCUUUGCAGACAAGUUAGUGACAAAUGGAAUUUUAAGAUGACUGGGAGAUACAAGAUGUAUGCAGAGGAACUGGCUGCAGCCGUCCAACCGGACUUUGUACCUAAUGUCAUCAAAGAGUAACUUUAUUUGGCUGUGCAGGAAGUGUGCAACAAAACAUAGUUCCCUUUGUCUUUCUGAAGUGACCUUGUCUCUUUGUAGCUUUCCAGCCUCUCAAAGCAUACCAUCUGUGGCUUGUUGCAAGAUCAGAAUCGCACCUGUUGGUGCACCCAGAGGGAUCCUUGGUCCUCCUGCCCUCGCCAGAUCCAGAGCCUGCCCUUGGAAGUCUCCCCGGUUUCCCCAAGUGGUUUGUGAAGUGGCACAGCAGCAGUGGGGCAAGACUUCUAUUCAGGAAAUGCAAACCUAACAAUGAUGCUGAAUAAUGCAAGCAUUUUUUAAAAGUGGCCACAUAACAAUUUCAGCUGCACAGACACGAAGGAGGAAAUGUUUUAAUUCAUGGUGAUCAACCAGAUGCUCCUAAGACCACUGACUUUUCAUACAUGUACACACAGGAUGACAUGGAGCUAUGCAAGUCACUUAGGAACCACACACGAGGAAGAAAAAGGAUAAAAAUGCAAUAUGAAAAUGAUCAAGUAGGCAUAUGACAAAACUGCAAGAAUAGGGGGAAUGAGUGAAGUCACCUUUUCCAUGCAUUGCCGUAUGGCCAUGGCUGUGAAAAGGCUUUGGCUGAGCAGCAAGCCACGGGCAGUGCAGUCCAGUGGCCACCAAAGAGCAGCCCUGGGGACAGGGCAUCUCCACGGGCAGAGUGGAGGAGACAGAGUGCUGGCAGGAGCACUCCCAUGAGUGCUUUGCCGGGCUGUGGGAGCACACAAGGGGCCUUGGCUCCACACGCCUUCCCUGCCUGCUGCACGGGAUGCAUGCCAUCUGCUGAGCAGCUCUUAGACCACAGGCUUGUAUGCAUUCACCUGGGCUGAAACAAGGCACUUGCAUUUGAGUAAGAGUAGAAUUGCAUUGUUCUCUAUGACUGCCUUAUGGCAUCUGGCUGGUUGUGUUGGCAUAUUUCUAGUUACGACUUGGGAAAAGGAUGCACAUUUCUGCUAAAGCUUUCCUGGAAUGGAGAAAGACCUUCCUUGCCUCAUUUCCCCUGUUUAAAAAAAUUAAAAAUGUAGAUUGCAA